GGGGAAUAUGGAUAAUCUUAAACUAUCAGAUGAAUAGUUUACUAAUAUAUAGGAGUCAUUUCAUGCAUUUAACAGAGUUUAUGGUAUUUUUUUUGGUGUCAAGGUAAAACUCAAGUUAAAUUAAGAAAAAUACAUUAAAUUUGAUCGCAACAAUUCUAUUCAUUAUUUUUGCUAUGUUGCUCUACAUACUAUUUGUAUUUCCCCUUGCCAUUUAAAAUGGCUAUAUUUUUUUAAAUACAAUUUGUGUGGUAUAUGGUUUUACACCUAUCACUACUUUGAUAAUGACAGCAAUUACAGGUUUUUAAUUAUGUUAUUUUAUAGAACCAGGAGUGAUAUUAAAGAGACAAAUUAGUGAUAAUUAACAACCUGAAAGCAGUUUAACAGAAAGUAAUGAGGAGGCAAUUCAAAUUGAAAAUAAUACAUAACAAGAUGAUAUACCAAAAAUCUAUAGAGAGAGACAUUGCUCAACAUGUAACAUUAAGAGACCAUCUAAAGCAUCUCAUUGUAAAUAUAAUUAAUUAAUAAAAGGUCGAGAAUGUAAUCAUUGUGUAGAUGGAUUCGAUCAUCAUUGUUAUUGGGUUGGCACAUGUAUUGGUAUUAGAAAUUGGAGAUAUUUUGUAUACUUCUUGAUAGCUGCUUUUAGUGCUCCUCUUUUGGCAUUCUUAGUUGGAAUUGUACUUUGUAUUUAUCAUUUUAAAACAACAAAGUUAUAAAUUCUGCUUCAUUAGCAGCAGCAUUAUGGUUUGAGAUGUUUGAUACUCUUGGAACAUCUGUUCUUAUCUUUUAUAUAUUUUAUUGCAUAUGUGGCUUUUGGUAGCAUAAUACUAUUUUAAAUAUCUUUGCAUUGAUUAUAAUGAUAUUUGGACCUCUUGUUUACACUUUUUCGAUAUUUCAAAAUAGAGAAACAUACUAGAAGUAUUAUUAUUAUGAGAAUCCUUACUUCACUCUAUUUGUUUCAAUAUUUAUGUUAAUGAUUUCUUGUAUUUUGCUACCCAUGACAUCAACUAAUUGUAGUAAUGCUUCAAAAGUAAUUCUUAAUACUUAUCUAGUUAAAAACAACCAAGUAGAUUCACUCAGAAGAAGAAUUUAGAAAAGAGAAAAGAUAGUUUUAAUUUGGUUAAGAUAAAAUUGAAUUUAAUUUGAUGAAGAAAAACCUAAUUUAAUUCUUUACAUAUCCAAUUCCAAAAAGUAGAUAUCAGAGUUUGUGA